UUAAUCCCAGCCCCUAUCCCCGCAGAAAGCCUUUUGGUAGGCGGGCAUUGUUAACUGACUUGCCUAGUUAAAUAAAAAAUAAAAAUACUUCGUUUCCACUCCGGACAACAGGUGGCGAUAUAGUGCGGUAUUGGGUUGCCGUGCAUGCACUGUAAAAUAGUAGAGUUAGCAGUGUUUACUUCCGGGCUCUCGGACUGGCACAUUUCACAAGGAUUAAAAAAAAAAAGCUUUCAAUUUAUUUACCUUGCAAAUAAAAUACAAGCAACAGUGUAUUUACAAUAUGUCAAAAAUGCAAUUGCUCAAUAUGUUUCUGCGCGAGCGAUUGACAGCGGCUGCUGUAGAGAUAUUUGGAGUAGUUGAAAAGACGAUAGUGGAGUAUCAAGAAGAAAUCACCCGUUCGAAGGAAGAGAACGAACGUUUACAGAAAAUGUUGGAUAUGGUCAUUAAACCUCAAGUCAAGUUACAUAGAGCAGACCCUAGGCAGCUCCAUGUCUCUGAAGAAGAGGUUCCCCUUGAGCAGGAGUGGAGGAGGGAAAGUUCAGAGCUCACACAAAGUACAGAGGAACAGGACCUCAAAACCAAUCUGGGAGAAGAGCAAAUGCAAGGGCCUGAGACUCAUGGUCAUAACAUAGAGUUCGGGUUCACUCCUCCUUGUGUGAAAGGUGAUUUUGUCCAGGACCCUUGGCCCUCACACCUUUUCCAAACCCAAAUUGUGGAGGACAAUGAGAUGAAAAAUCUAUCAAGCACCCUAGUGGAACACAUUAAAACAGAACCUGAUGGAGGAGAGGACUAUGGAGUACUAACGAGUGACCCACAGCUCAUGUUUGCAGUAAACGCACACUGUUCUGCAGCUCCGAGUGAAAACAUGCAUGGAACAGAGAUUGGAGGCGCUCUGCAACGGAAAACAAAGACAGGAAGACCAUUCAGACAUAUAGGAACGCUGUCUGAACUUAAGAAGAGACGUGCUUUGUAUGAGCGAUUUCGUUGCCAUGUCUGUGGAAAAGGGUUCCCAGCAAGGAAUGGUCUGGGAGACCACAUGACAACUCAUACAGGGGAGAGACCACACAGCUGUCACCUCUGUGGGAAAGGUUUCAAAGUGAAGAGUCAUCUGAAAGAGCAUAUCAGGGUUCACACAGGAGAGAAACCCUUUGUCUGCCCAGUCUGUGGGAAAGCGUUCAGGCAGGAUGCACAUAUGAAAGGACAUUUGAGGGGGACUCACAAGGAGAAACCAUACAGAUGCCAUGAUUGUGGUGAAAGCUUCAGUCAGAUGGGAGAGAUGCAAGUGCAUAGGACAGUGUGCUGUGGCCCAAUUGUCCUGGGCCCAAAUUUGAUGUAACUUUCACUCCCUUGAUGCCUUCGGUGACCAGGACGUUUUAGACUUGCAGCCAUGAUAAGGACCAUUUAAAUGUGUUAUAUAACAAACUAAGGAAGAAUGAUCUGUCCACAGUUAUAAAAGUUUGAGAGCGCAUCUCCUAUAUUUGUCAAAAUUCAUAAAUGGGAGGGAGUUUCCAGAAAGCAUGUAGCCUAUGUGGUUGUCUGUAUGUGGUGGUUGGCAAGUUUCAGUGUCCCAUGAGAAAUAGUUGUCAAUUUAAGUAGUUCUCUGGUACCUCAUAUUGUUUAAAUAUACCCAAAAAAUAUUUGUGGAGCACUUUGAGUCCCUGAUUGAGAGGUAUGUGACCCAUUUUGUGGGCUGUGUCUAAUAUCAAUAAUAUUCUGUAUAUCUUGGAUAUAAUUUCCCCCCUCCUGUUAGCUUUCUAUGUGUUUUUGUGAAUGGAAGACAUUCUCAAUUUUGGAGAAUCUCUCAUAAGAUGGGUAAAAGUAAUGUACAACAAUCCUUUAUGUAAAAUAAUAAAUAAAUGGUUACUUCUCUGAGAACUUUGAAUUGUCAAGAGGCGUAAAACAAGGUUGCCCUCUGUCACCAUAACUAUUUAUUAUGGCCAUUGAACUGUUAGCUUUAAAAUAUAACAUUAAUGGGCAAAAUUAAGGAAUUAGAGACAAGAGUAUCAAUAGGCCAGUGAUUGAAGUUKUCUUGAGUCCUCAAUCUURAACCUUGAAGGGCCUCGUUGAGGACCUGGAUAACUUCUCCAAUUUCUCUGGACUAAAAAGUGUUACAUUAUGGAUUGGGUCUCUAAAAGAAACUAUAAAUUGCCAUGUGGUCUCCCAAUUAAAUGGGCAGUUGUUGAAGUUGCUUUCCUUGGUGUGCAUAUCCUGGAAAAGUUAAGCAACUAAUUUUGAUGAAAAAAAAUGAAUCUUGAAACUGUGGAGAGGGAAAAACCUAUCCAUUUACAAGAAGAUUACCCUGAUUAAUUAUAUAGUGAUAUCGCUGUUUAAAUAUUUAUUCUUGGCUCUACUGACUCCAGGAGAAUCCUUUUUCAAAUCAUGUGUGAAAAAAACAUCACUUUCACAAAUACCAUACCCCCCCAAAACAAUUAUAACCUUCCAUUCUUGUAAUAUCUUGGUGAUAAGAUAUUUGUGCGUGUAACUUACUCACUCAUCACUAUUCACGAUUCAAUCAGGACUAUGCGUAAUCAUGGUAGCAUCCAAAUUAAUGUAGAAGGGUUUAGAAACAUUUUAUUCUUAUUUACAAUAAAAGUGACUCCAAAAUGACACAAUAAUAUAUUUCAUUUCUA